AUGAUGGUAAGUCUGGAGUUGCAUCAGCCGGUCUCGGCAGAUAUUUCAGAAUGCUUCCUGACUGGUCCCCUCAACGACGUGUCCAUACGCAGGACAAUCAUGAGAAGUAUAUAUACCCACAGUCCGUCGAGAAUAAUGGCUGCACUACCUCCAGGGUCUGCUCAUUCGCUUCUAUCCAUCAGGCAAAAUGAGGCUCUUGCAACAGUACUCACUCCUGUUCUCCUUACCGCUUUUCUUCACCUCGACCGCAGCCACUCCAGUUUGGCAGAACGAUUCAACAGCCGCAAUCACUUACUUCAACAACAACACCGUCUUCCAGUCACCACCCAACUACACCGUUCCAGGGACAUUGUACGCCCGCACAGUCCAACUCCCUGACCUGUCUCUGCUUGCGACCUGGGAGAACUACUCACCAGAGCCUCCACCAGUCUACUUCCCAAUCUUCCGCUCCACCGACUAUGGUGCAUCAUGGGCCGAGCUCUCCCGCGUACAGGACACCUCCGGCAACAACUAUGGCCUACGGUACCAGCCCUUCCUGUACGUCCUGCCGCAUGACUGGUCAAACUGGAAAGCAGGCACGAUCUUUCUGGCGGGAAGUUCGAUCCCCACGGAUCUCAACUCCACGGAUAUCCAGCUGUACGUCUCAACCGACAGCGGUCUCUCAUGGUCAUUCGUCAGUAGUAUCGCCAAGGGCGGCGAAGCAGUUCCAGACAAUGGCCUGACUCCGGUUUGGGAACCAUUCCUCAUGCUGUACAACGACAUGUUAAUCGCCUAUUACUCCGACCAGCGCGACCCUGCUCACGGGCAGAAACUCGUGCACCAAACAACCAGCGAUGGUAUGACUUGGAGCGAAGUUGUCACCGACGUCGCAUACGCGAAUUACACUUCGAGACCGGGCAUGCCUGUCGUCGCCCACAUCGCGUCUGCGGAGAAGUAUAUCAUGACGUACGAGUAUGGAGGAGGGCCAGUCGACGGAGUUCUGCCUGUGAACUACACCUUUCCAGUCUUCUACAAGAUCAGCAGCGACCCGAUCGCGUUCGGCGCAGUGGAAGGCCAGCCGAUUGUGACCGCAGGUGGAACAGUACCCGCAAGCAGUCCGUACGUGAUCUGGGAUGAGAAGGAAAAUAUGCUCAUCGUCAGCUGCGGGACGCUGAGCGAUGUCUUUGUCAACAAGGCCGAGGGCGAUGUGGGAGCAUGGGAAAGCCGGGCUACGGGUGAGAGGGUAAGCUACACGAGGAGUCUGAGGAUCGUUCACGACCAACUUUGGGACAGAGGAUUGUUGCUUGCUGGCGGAGGUUUAUUGCCGCCUAGUGAGAACAACAGCGUCACAGUCGGCGUGAUCAAUAUCGAUGCAUGGUAGUCGCUGUCUCCUAUACUCAAAAGUAUCCAGAAGAGACAGGUAUCAGCCAUGGAGGAAUUAAGUUUCUGAACAUGCAGUAUCCCUCGUAUUAUUUGCCCCCCAAGAAAGCAGCAUCUAUCGCAUUUCCCACCUAGUUGAGCAACUGAGAAGUGCUCGAAGGCGGCUGCGGAAGCACGAAAACCCUCAACGCCGCGCGUCUUGCUAGUCAAUUCUAUCCCUGCCCUUCCAUCCCUGUAUUCUCACAAGGACGGAGCCAGAGGAUUC